AUGUCAGUCUCGCUCCAGCGACUCCAUAAUACGACGUCAGAGAGACUCAACAUCAGCCAACCGAAGAGCAUCACCAUGGUACUAAUGACUCAAGUCAAUGGAAGAGAGAAGGAACGAUUGUGCACUUUCUGGAAUUUCAACAAGAGGAUCUGGGACACAUCGGGUGGUCGUAUGCUGAGGAAGAACAACAGUCACACUGAAUGUCAGUUUGAUCAUCUCACCAACUUUGCUGUCCUUGUUCUUUACUAUGACCAACCAAUCAGGCUGUCCAGGCUACAAAAACAGUCAAUGUUCAUCCUGACAGUUGUAGGCUGCAGUCUUUCCAUCACCUGUUUGGGAGUGUGUGUUAUACUGUAUAUAUAUCUACGUCUCCUCUGUGAUGAGAAGAUUCUGAUCCAUACAAAUCUCUGUAUAGCUCUGAUGUUGGCCCAACUUGUCCUCGUCACAUCACAUGGAGCAGGGAGAUACUCGGCUGCGUGUAAAACGGUGGCAGUGUUGCUUCACUACCUGUUCAUGGCAUCGUUUUCCUGGAUGAUGUUGGAAGGCCUGGCUGUGUAUCUAGCCUGCACGAGAGGAUUGUAUAACUAUGGAGACUUACGUCUGAAGUAUUUCCUGGUUGGCUGGGGACUGCCAGCUGUAAUUGUGGUUGUAUCAGUUGGGGUACAAUUUCCCAACUAUGGGGAGACAACUGAUGACAGCUGCUGGCUCUCUGUGAAGGACGGGUUGAUAUGGGCAUUCCUGGGACCAAUGUUGGUUGUAGUUGUAUUCAAUCUGUUCAUCCUGUGCUUAGUGAUUAAAGUUUUCCUUACAUUGAGGGCAAAUUCAAGGAAGACUCAAGCAGCAAAACUGCGGGCCAGUGUGAGAGCUAUGGUGACAUUGCUGCCCCUCCUUGGGGUUACCUGGAUACUCAGCAUCCUCGUACCACUUCACUACACAUUCCACUACUUGUUUAUCAUAGGUAACUCCAUACAGGGGAUAAUGAUCUUCCUGCUACAUGGGAUCGGAAACGAGGAGGUGAGGAAGGGAUUGAGCGAGAGACGUAAACGACACUCCAUGACGAGUUCUGAGUCAAUCACUACCAUUAACUCGAGUCAUCUUCUGAGAUUCAGACAGUUACUUGUACCUGUUGAGACAUUAGAAGGUAAGAGCUGUCAAAACAUGGCCUUUAUAUAA